AUGGCCAAUCAGAAUGCCACAACAAGUGCUCCAUCAACGACAAACCCAGCGAAGGACGAGACAUACCUAACCUGGUCGAACUUCUUCUCAAUCCUCACCGGCUCCGCACAACCAACCCUUCGCAAAGCAUACUUCGAAGAGCGCGACAUCCUUAAUGAGGAAAAGGACUGCAAACAAUGCGAUGAAGAUGUUGCAUGGCUGUUCAAAGCCUCUCCGAUCAUCACCUUCAUGAAACACAACAUCGACCUCCUUGGACCCCAGGAUGGCUCAGCAUCGAUAUCACGGAAGAAUGUCUUCUGCCGGCGCUGCAACGAUCAUCAAAGUGGAGGCUUUAGUCCCGAACAUGGGAUUCUCUUAUGCGCCAAUCAGUUCCGAAAUCGAGGACAUCUGGAAGAUACACUCGCGCACGAAAUGGUUCACGCCUAUGACCAUAUGCGGUUCAAGCUCGACCCACUGGAUCUACGGCAUGCGGCGUGUAUGGAGAUAAGAGCGAGCAUGUUGAGUGGGGAGUGCAGAUUUAUCAGGGAGUUCUUCACACGGAAACAAUGGAAUAUCACGCAGCAAUUACAGGAGUGCGUGAGGAGAAGAGCGACGCUGAGUGUGGCGGCGAGGCCGGCGUGCAAGGAUGAUGUCCAGGCGGCGAGAAUAGUAAACGAGGUCUGGGGAAGCUGUUUUGGGGAUACAAGGCCUUUUGAUGAGAUCUACAAGUGA